CGAGGUGGUGAGGUCCUCAAGCAACAAGCUUUACGUCUUUGCCUUACAAGCAACCCCACCACCACAACCGACUACUAAACCACCAACCUUUUCACACCACCAAGCACCCAUCACUUGAAACAAACGAUGUUCGCUCAAACCCUCCUCAGAACCACUUCCUCCACUAUGCCCAUGGCUCGUACCAUGAUGGCCAGAAAGAUGACCACCGCCGCUCCCUCACAAGUUGGUCCUAUCCGGGCCUUCUUUCGUGACGUCCCUGUUCCAGUCGAUGCUUACCCUCUUAUCGGUAUCGUCGUUGUCAUGUGCUCUGGCGCUACAUACAUGCUCAGCAAGCACAUCUACGAAGACCGAGACCACCUUCGAUGGGCUCCUCAAACCGGCGGUGUCAGGUUUCAGUUGCCCAACUGAUUGUUGGCCUUCGGAUACUUUUCUCUACCAUUGGGCCCAGGAAGAUUAAGAAAUUAUAAUUUAUAAUGGCAUCGAGCAUCAUUAACUCGCGGUUCCGAUCUUGUUAAAUUAGAAUGUUGUAACAAAACACUUGCAUGAAUGACUUUUCGGUAUCUUA